AUGGUCUUUGUUCUCGUCGUGGUUAUGCUACUUUUGAGACCUGAUAUUCCGAGUUUUUUUUUCAGGAUGGGUAACAUUUUCGGGAAUCUUUUCAAAGGCCUUUUUGGCAAAAAGGAGAUGCGAAUCCUAAUGGUAGGAUUGGAUGCCGCUGGUAAAACGACGAUAUUGUACAAGUUGAAGCUCGGAGAGAUCGUCACCACUAUCCCAACUAUAGGUUUCAAUGUCGAGACUGUUGAAUACAAGAAUAUUUCUUUCACUGUGUGGGAUGUCGGAGGCCAAGAUAAAAUCAGACCUCUGUGGAGGCAUUACUUCCAAAAUACUCAGGGGCUUAUUUUCGUUGUCGAUUCUAAUGACCGUGAACGAGUUGGAGAGGCUAGAGAAGAGCUUAUGCGAAUGCUUGCCGAGGACGAACUCAGGGAUGCCGUUCUACUUGUUUUCGCCAACAAACAGGAUCUGCCAAAUGCAAUGAACGCAGCUGAAGUUACAGAUAAACUAGGUCUACACACUUUGAGGAACAGGUCGUGGUACAUACAGGCGAAUCAUUGGAUGAGAGAAAAUGUUUUGAAAGUCGCUUUUCCAUCAUUUCAGGCUACCUGUGCAACAUCGGGAGAUGGUCUGUACGAGGGUCUUGAUUGGUUGAGCAACCAGCUGAAGAACAGAGGAUAA